AUGAGCGAGAGAGAAGCUUCGGAGCAACGAAAGAUGAGCGAUGAGAGCGAAGCUUCGAAUCAACGAGGCAACAGAAAACGCUACCACCGUCACUCUCCACAUCAGAUCCAACAAAUGGAAGCGUUUUAUAAAAACUGUCCUCACCCAGAUGAGAAGCAAAGAAAUGAGCUCAGUCGACAACUUGGGAUUGAACCGAUUCAAGUCAAAUUUUGGUUCCAAAAUAAAAGAACGCAGAUGAAGACACGACACGAGCACGAAGAGAACGCCCAUCUCCGAAUUGAAAACGAACGACUCCGGGUCGAGAAUCUAAGGUUUAGAGAAGCUCUGUUGAAUAUUUGUUGCCCUAAUUGUGGUGUUCCAAAAUGUGAAGAUAACCAAAUUGUAAUGGAAUGUUCUUCUUCAAGACAGGUGAGCAAGGCUGUUACAAGCUCUAAUAGUUGUUGGGCCCCACAUAUAGCUAGUGGGAGUAACGAAUAUCGGGCCGCGGUGAUGGAGACCGUGAUCUCCGCGAUGGACGAGCUGAUCAGAGUAGCUCAAUUGGGCGAACCGUUGUGGGUGUCGAGCGUGGAUCGCCACAACUUUGUGUUGAAUGAGGAGGAAUAUUUCCGGGUCUUCACCGGCCCCAGAAAGGAAGGGUUCCAAGCCGAGGCGACGCGUGAGUCUGCUAUGAUUUAUUCCGCUGCUUCCGAUCUCGUCGCCAUUCUCAUGGAUGUGGAGCAAUGGGCAAAUGUGUUUUCAGGAGUAGUUUCAAAAGCAACCAACUUGCAAGUGUUUUCAUCUGGACAAGAGGGAACAUACAAUGAAGUUGUGCAAGUGAUGAAUGUGGAGUUUCACGUUGCAUCGCCGGUGGUUCCAACGCGCCAAAGCUACUUUGCGCGAUAUUGUCGACAACACAUGGAUUCAACGUGGGCUGUAGUUGAUGUCUCUUUGGAUCACUUACAUCCUACUCUCUUCAAUAUGUGUCGGAGAAGACCUUCAGGUUGUCUCAUUAAAGACAUGCCUAGUGGUUAUUCCAAGGUGAUAUGGGUGGAACAUGUAGAAGUUGAAGGGAGUGGGGUCCACAGCAUAUACAAGCCGCUAAUCAGAGCCGGUCUGGCUUUUGGGGCACAACGAUGGCUUGCGAUUCUCGACGGAUACUGCCAACGGGUUGCCAACGGAUCUGUUCCUUUGGACGUUAUCGGUUUUUUAGGUAUAUUUGAUUAUUAUACACUAUCAUAUAGUAUAUUGGGGAGUGGCAGGGAAAGUUUGUUGAAGGUGGCACAAAGGAUGGUGAGGGGAUUUUGUCGCGGAGUAAAUGCCUCCGUUGCAAAUACAUGGAUAACACUAUCUGGGUUGGAUAACUUGAGUGACAGUGUCAAGAUGAUGACCCGCAAAAAUGUGGAUGACCCGACCACUCCUUUAGGCUUCCAACUCACCAUGGCCACUUCAUUUUGGCUCCCCACCCCGCCAAAAAGGGUCUUUGAUUUUCUUCGUGAUCAUAACACCAGAAAAGAGUGGGACAUGCUCUUAUUUGGAGAAGAUAUAGAAGAAAUGGCUCAUAUUGUAACGGGCAAUGAAGAUGGAAACCUUGUUACAAUGUAUCAAGUCAAGGACACGAAUCAAAACUCGAACAAAACUAUAAUGUUGCAAGAAAGUCGCAAAGACUUGACCGCAGCUUACGUGAUCUACGCCCCAAUCGACAUGGUUAGUGCGGACACGAUUCUGUGCGGGGGUGAUUCAAGUAGCAUACCCAUACUCCCGUCGGGAUUCACCAUUCUUCCCGAUGGGCCCAUUCGCGGCGGCCGCCCCACGCCACAUGGGGAAACGGGGGGAUCUCUUUUGACAUUAGCCCUUCAGGUUAUGGUGGAUCCUGGUCCAGAUGCAAAUAUUUCUCCUGCCUCAGUUUCAGUGGCUAACCAAGUCAUAUGUGACAUGGUGGAUAAAAUUAAAGAAACUUUGAUUUCCUGAUCUUCAUAAGCUCAAUUGUAAUGAGUCUUUAUGAAUAAUUUCUCCAAUCAUGUCACUCUUUGUUGAGUGGGGAACUCGAAUUGGCUAGCAUUUGAUUAAUGCUACUUUAUUGAAUGCUUUUUCUGUA